AUGAUGGCCGAUGCAGCAACUAACAAUGGUGGCGCUUUGGCAACAGCUGCCGGGCAGCAGACUGCAUCGACGGUGGGCGGUGGUAGCGGUGGUGCUCUCGACCCCAACGUUAUCCCCCAGUGGAAGAAAGAAUUGAUCCAGCGGCGUAAGAAUCUGGCCAAAACGAUCGGUGCCGUCGCGACACAGGUGCAUGAUUCGGCGUCCACCGUGGCUGCGGCCAUUUCGGCAUCAUCGCCAGUCCAAACCCACCCGCGCACUCCCACCGGCGGCUUCCCCGUUGGUAGUCCAUUUUACGCCGGAACCGGAACGAAAGAUACCCUCUCCACAAACACAAGCUCCCCGCUCGAUGGUACAGUGCCGGACAGCGAAACGUUGCACCAUUCAUGCCAGGUGGAAAACGAGCACGAUAAGCACAGCCUCACGCAACUGCUGAAACCCAAUAAUGAUACGAUUCCACCUUCCGUUAAUGCUCAACGAGCAGUUUCGUCACCGACAGCGACGACGCCCGGAUCGUUCACCGGAGUUCAUUAUGGGGCAAAUGAACACCUGCAGCAGCAACACAACAACAACAACCACCACCACCACCAACAGCAACAUCACCAGCAGCCGCAUCGCGGUAGUGUUGGUGGUGGCGCACGAGCCACAGCAAGUGAAGCCGUAGUGGUGCAGCCGACAGCAAGUGGACCAUCGCCAACGUCGCUCCCGACGGCUAACGGAGCUCAUUCGCAUUCCAAUGCCGGUUCGGAACACAGCGGCAGUAGUGCUGCCAUCGUAACCGCAACGAACCGCACGGGCUCUGGCAAUAGUGGCGUGAUCGUCGAGCGUGAAAGUUCGUCCACCGUGUGUAACAGUGCCGUCGUGGUGAGCAACAGUAGCAGCGGUAACAACAACAGUGGCAAGUCGGUAGUGCUCGGCGUGAACGGUCAAACGCAGCAGCAACAGCAACCCAACUCGAGGGACGGCGUCGCAGCAAGGAAGAUGGUCGCAGCCACGGCCGCGGAGGAGAUCGUCGUCGUCUACGAAAAGAACACGGUGCUCGGCGGUGGCCUGGAUGCGACCGGUGGUGGUGUGGUAGGAGGCGGUGGCGGCAUCGGUGCCAUCGGUGAUGCCGGUGAGGAGCUGAAGUACGGGCCCGGGAUCGUGUCACGGUUGCGCUGCCGCUAUCUCAGCCUGGCCCUGCGCCAGUCCGUCACCAAACAGCGUCCGUCGCUUAACAGUAUGCGCCGUGCGACCAGCCUCAACAACCUGCUGGACGAAGAGAGUGAAGAUCUGAGCGAACGCGAACAAUCGAUCGGUAGUGAGGGUACGGGCGGCGGUGGUGGUGUCGGUCAUCAGCAGAAGAAGUAUCAAACGCAGAAUUAUCACCAUUACCACCACCAACAGCAGCAGCAGCAGCAGCUGCCGCAACGCGAACACUAUAGCAACGGAAACGGCAACAAUCAUAACCAUAACCAUAACCAUCAUCAGCAGCAGCAGCAACAGCUUCAUCCAACGGUAGUUCUGCAGCCACCUUACCAGAAGCAGCAACACCAUUUCGCCCCAAAACAACAGCCGUGGAUUCAGCAGCAGCAACAUAAGGAGGACGAUCAGCAGCAGCAGCAGCAGGGUGGUGGAGUGGUCAAGACGGCACAGUUUCUGCGCGGUGUGCAAAACAGUUAUGCGCGAGCGAGCCGCCAGGUGGAGAAGAAGAACGAGUACAAUCGCUACACCAAGCAUCAUCGUGGUGCUAGCGGUGCCGACGCGGUCCUGCUCAAGCGUGCUCGCUCAGUCGAGGCUCUGGUGCGCUACGAUCACAAGGCUUGGGAGCGGGACGGUACCAACCCAGUAGCACCAGCAAUAGCGACAGCACCAGCACCAGCGGCCCUUGCCGUGUCGUCCUCUGCCGAGGUGGGCAGCAAUGUGAUCAUACUGGACGAGAUCGCGCAGGCAACGACGACGGUGGCUGCGACAACCCCGGCUGGUACGGAGGUGCACGGCACAACCAACGGUAUUUCCAGUUCGGUCUCACCGACGGCGAUGCUGAUGAACGGCAAGGGUACCGCUGGUGGCCCGGGUGGCACACCGGAGUUGCCGCUGCUGGUCAGCGAUUGCGUGACGAUCGAGGAGAAGAUCAUCAACGGGCGCGAGAAGGGCGAUCCGAAGCCGAAGCGGCUGACCUCGAUCAUCGAUGCUGACGAACGGCCACCGCCCGAUGUGGUCAAGCAGACGAUGAAGAUCUUCGAGGCGAAUGCGAACCGACGCGGUGGCCGUGGCGCGACCGGCACUAACAACGCCGGCAGCGAGGUAGCAACGAAGGUGGCCAGCUACCGUUCGAUCAUCAUCUCCGGUUCGGCAACGGCCGGUGCGCAAACAGCGGCUGCUGCCGUUUCUGCCGCGGUCGGACCGGGUGACAAACCGCCCAUCACCCAUCCGAAACCGCCACUAAGCCCCAAGAAGCCAAAUAUCAAGCCACGCACCGCUAGUCCGAAGCAGCAGCAGCAUCAGGCCACCUCAGCCAAACCGCCCCCGACACCGAAAUCGUUGGAGGCUGUCAACAACCUAAAGAACGCACCCGGCGCAACUGUCAAAAACAAUAACAAACCGCCACCGAUGGGUGGUGGCACGAUGGAAUCCACUCCACCGUCGCCACCGGCGAGAAGUAAACACACGACCGCAGCCGCACUCAACGGUAGUGUUGGUGUCGCACUCGCGAAGAACAUGCAAAGCAACGUCGGGGGCGCCGGUAGUGAUGGCGGAACCGCGACGGGUACGCAAUCCGACCCGACGGACGCGAAGACGAACGCACUCAAGAAUGGAAGUACGGUGCGCGAUCACCACAACUACGAAAACGGCACGACACAGACACCGCCAUCGACGAAGACGUCGACAUCGACAUCGGCGACGUUGCCUCCAGGGUCAGACGGUGGCCACCAACACAAGCACAGCAGCAAUACAGCACAGGAGGCAACGGCAGCAGUACCGACGGCAGCGGUGCUAGCGUCGUCAUCGCCGUCGGGAAUUUGCGAUUCGCCUUCUAUCCAGCAACUCACGAGCAAGCUUGGCAGUCUACAUCUGGCGACCUCUACGCCGACUGGAGCUGCGAACGGAACCGUCUCGUCGGUGCUGCACGAUCGACGUAACCUCGAGUACGUUACUAGUGACGAAGAGGAAGAGGACGACGACGACGACGACGUGGACGGUGAGAACGGUACCGGACGGCGCAACACAACAUCCUACACGGUCAAUCCGGAGUCGAGCGAGAGCGAAGACGCACGGGAUAAUCCGGCGGGCGGCAGCGAAAACGACGCGGACGACGACGAAGCGGAGGAGGAAGAGGACACCGACGGUGAGCAGCGCUCGGUGCGGAAGAUUUCGCGCACCGCAAUGGAGAACAUUGCCCGGGCCGGCACUACGACGCAGUUCCGUUUCAAUGGAGCUGUCAAAUCCUACCUUCCUGGGAGUGGAGGAGGUGGCGGCAGUGGUGUGCCAGCUCCCAGCACCAAACCACCCGCCCCGCCCAUACCGAAGUCUCGCGAAAGCCUCGCCGGAAAGGCUAACGGUGCUUCGUCGGCGGUACCGAUCGAGGUCAACGGGCGCCUACCGCCAGAGGGCGCUAGCGUAACCUCACCAAACAGUGCGAACAGUGGUGGAAAUAAUAAUCAACAUAGCAGUGGUAUUGUCGGUUCUAGUGCGGUACAGGUCGUCGCGAGUGGUGUUGGUGGUGGUGCCGAUUCUGCUGGAUCCGCGACGUCGGUCGCGCCAUCCCUGACGCGGCGCGAGAUCGAAAAGAAUCAAAUCAAUCGCGAAAAGAGUGGUGAACCCGCCGGUCCGGCGUCGUCCGGCCCGAACAGCAUUAACGGUAACGGUGUGGCCCCGCCGGCCAAUGCUGGACCCGGUACGACGACCGGCAGUGGUGUUGUGGGUGGUGUGCUAGUGGCCAGUGCGAAUAAUCCGAAUAAUGGCGGUGCGAGUGGUGUUGCGAAACAGACCACCGCCAACAACAGUAUCAGUGCGAUCCCUGACAGUACCACAUCGUUCGUGGCCAAAUGGGGUACGGGUGGGGUCGGUGGGGCAGGCGUGACGACGGUGGCCGCUGCUGGACAGUCGCCGCUGGCCGGGUUAGUGCCGGCACGCAAAAAGGUGAAACCACCGCCGAACCAUCAGCAGGACGGCACCAACACGAUGGUGUUUAACUUCAGCGACCGCAAGGACGUGCCGGACUACAUCGAGAACGAUGGUGUCAUCAUCCGGCCACGCCCGAGAGAACUGCCCAAGCCUGGCGAAUCCGGUUUCGUGGUGCUGGGUGACCUGACGCUAGAAACCUCGACCGAUCCGGACGAUGGGUUGCCUACCGGGCCACCAUCGCCGUGCAACGGUGAAUUUGCCAACGCCUACAUCGUGAUCAAUGGCAAAUCGAGCAUGAGAAACAAGACUAGUAGAAGUAAUAAGUUCAAAAUUCAGUUCGACGAUUCGCUUACUUCCACGUACGAGUAUCCGUCGGAGACGUCCUUGCUGGAUACGAACGGGUACGACGAUGCGGAUAACAGCACGGACACGAAUGGGGGCAGUGGAGGAGGAAUCGUCCCGCCAGCCUUCGCCGACAACGGGCUGCUUUCGCACACGAACAAACUCCUCUCCUCGGUGCCACUUGGUUCGGCCCCGUUCGCUAGUUAUACCCCAGUAAAAGCCGCCAUAGACACGACCUUCGAGCUGGGAGUGACCCGUACACCGUCCCCAUCGGCAGCCAGUACGACUAGCAGCACCGGCUCGAACGGAAGCCUUACCACCUCGAACAGCAGCAGCAGCAGCAGCAAUAGUCAUCAAUCCGCCACCGGCCACGGUAACAACGGUGAGCAGAAGCAGCAUACGUUGCCGCACACCGUACCGAACGGCCAUCAUCAUCACCCUCACCACAACCAUCAGGUCGACCGAUCGAACAACAACGGUCUGCACAGUAACGGCCAUAGCAGCAUUAACGGGCCAUCGGACACGAUCCUGAACGGCGGUACCGGCGAACCGCUGCUUAGCGGAACGGGCGAACCGGAAAGCAUUCAGUACCUUAAGCCCGCCUCGGACGAACAAACGGUCAACUGGAGCCAGGGCACACGUGUCACGGAUCUGCUGUUCUGA